AUGUCAGUCCGCUACGGACACCUGCUUGCGCGCAAUCUUCAGCGAUGUGCUCUCAGACUUCCAGUGUCGUCGACGCUGGUGAGCCGGUCUAUUAGACGGCUACCAACUGCUCCUCUUCUGACUGCAAGGUCUUUUCACAUCACACCUCAAUUCCGUGUUCCAGCCGGCACUGCCAAUGUCGAGGUUGAAGAGGCUGAAGGAGAGGAAUUGAUCACGGAGUUCGCGGAGCUGGGAGAAAAGGGCGUGGUAGACCCGAGAGUAAUCGGUGCUAUUACUCAGGGGAUGGGUUUGAAGACUAUGACUGAAGUACAAGUUCAUACCAUCAACGAGAGUAUACAGGGGGCUGACAUGAUAGCACAAGCGAAGACUGGAACGGGUAAAACCGUCGCUUUCCUUCUGCCAGUUAUCCACAGAAUUCUUCAAGAUCCCACUAUCGGCUCGCUCCGAUACGGCGGUGCAUCGUCCCAGGACAUCCGUGCUGUGGUUAUUUCCCCUACUCGCGAGCUUGCUGAGCAGAUCGCUGUUGAGGCAAAAAAGUUGACCCGCGGCUGCGGCCUUAAGGUACAGACUGCGGUUGGAGGAACACAAAAGCGAGAGGGAUUGCGAAGAAUCCAGAGGGAAGGCUGCCACAUCCUGGUUGGAACGCCUGGCCGCUUGAUGGAUAUCUUUUCGGAUCCUUCCAGUGGAGUUGCCGCUCCUAAGUUGCAGGCUUUCGUCCUUGAUGAAGCAGACAGACUCCUCGACAUUGGGUUCGCACCUGAUAUUGAACGCAUCCAAUCUUUCUUCCCAAGCCGUUCUCGGGUUGACCGACAAACUUUGAUGUUUUCUGCAACUAUCCCAAGAUCAGUGAAGGCCCUCGCUACAAGCAUGUUGAAGCCCGAUUUCUCCUUCGUGAAUACUGUUGGUGAUGAGACACCAACUCACUUGAGGGUCCCCCAGAGAGCUGUAUUCUUGAAGGGUCUUGAGAACCAGCUUCCCGCCCUCUUCGAGAUUGCCAAGAGAGGAAUUCAGGCUCACGUCGCCGACCCAGAAAACGUUAUGCCAUUCAAAGCCAUCGUUUAUUACGGCUCUACCGCAGAAGUCAGUCUCGCUCGCCGUGCCUUCAUGACUAUGUCCAAGGAAUUGGAGAGACUAUAUACUUCGCGCCCUCCUAAAUUCGAAAAUAUCGAAAUUCACUCGCGCCUAACCCAGGCCCAAAGGACGUUCAGCGCAGAGUCCUUCCGCCGCUUGCAGACAGGAAUUCUCUUCUCGUCCGAUGUCACUGCUCGUGGAAUGGACUUCCCAAAUGUUUCUCACGUAAUCCAGAUGGGUACUCCCACAGACAAGGACACUUACAUUCAUCGCCUUGGACGUACAGCUCGAGCCGACAAAACUGGAGAAGGCUGGAUUCUGUUCCCAGACCUUGAAUUCAACGCAUUCGAGGAUAAACUUGGAACCCUUCCUAUCGAAGAAGACAACUCUUUGGAGUCUGCAAAUGCAGACUUGACUAACCCUACACAACUUCCCGAGUCCGUCGCGUCGGUGUUUGAGACCCUUACGAAACAAUUCACUCAUAUGUACGACGAGGAUAAAUUGAAGGCAUAUAACUCUAUCAACAACCAGAUGUCCAAAUACGAUAAACGUGAAGCCGUCCGUCUACUUGAACAGCUUGCUACCACCAUUUGGGGCUUCCCAGAAGCUCCACCAUUGCGUGAAAGCCGAUUUGGCCGAAAUGGUGGUGGCAUGAGGAGUAAUAACUUUGGCAAUUUACGAGGGAGCUCUGGUGCGUUCGAUCCUCUUAUGGCGACAGAUCAUCCUAUGGCGGCAGAUCAUCCUAUGGUGACAGAUCCUCUUUCGGAGGUCGUGGAGAUUCUGGCCGGGGGGGUCGCCCGGGCAGGGGAUCGGACCGCUACCCUCCUCGUGAGAGGAGGCAAAAUUCGUGGGAGUGAGCAAGUCCUCUCAGGCCAAUAG